UGAAACAAAUAAUGCCUUACGGUCCUAAAUUUUUUGUAGAAAAAAUAGAAUGUAGAAACCAUCUUUUGAGAAAUUUAGGACAGAAAUUAUCUGGUCUAGUAAAAAAUAUAAAGUACCCAAUCCAUAUCAGAACAUUUUUGAAUAACCAAGUAAAAUUAAACAAAUUUAGAUCAGCUAUAACUAUGGCAGUACAAUAUAGAAAAUCUUUAGGGGAUUCCAAUAACGAACAAGUUAAAGGCUUACGUGAAGAUUUUUCAAAUGGGCCUUAUCACAUACUUGGUCAACAUACAAAAUGUGCUAGUUAUUUUUGCAAGGGUUCAAAAAUAGGACAAAUUAACCUUGUACCAGAAGCUGAAAAGUGUGGGUUGCUUCGUGAAAUUAAUCAAAUAUAUUCAAGAAUCAUUGAUAAUGCACCAAGUUUAUUGUUAGAUGUUGAUAAUAAUAUCUGUGAGCAAUUCAACAGUGUAAUAAAUAAACAUUUGGCUGGAAAGCGAAUCAAUUUUUCCCAGAAAAAUUCCUAUAACAAUCGCGUUGAGGCUGCCGUUGUAUCUUUUAAUACUUCUGGGAAGUAUAUAAGAAAUGUUCAUAAAAAAAUUACAAAUAAAAGUCCAGGUUGUGUUUGUAAAAAAUAUUUAGGUUUUAAACAGAGAAGGCUACUUAACAACCGUAGAAGAAAAUUACAAUUUUCCACCAUUAAGGUAAACAAAACAAAAAUAUCUACAGGUCCUGACGAAAACUAUGGUCUAGCAGAGCCAUUGGAAAAUAUCAUGAUAAAUGAAGAACUAGAAAAAAAAAAUCUGAUUUUAUAAGUUCAUUAUUAAUGUCAAUUGAAGCUCGGAAAAAAUUAGAAUUUAAUACCAGAGAUCAGUCUAAUUCAACUUUAUGGCAUGUUGAACGUCGAAAUCGCGUGACAGCAUCAAAUUUCGGUAGAAUAUGUAGAAUGAGAAAAAAUACAUCAUGCAAGGCUACUGUCUAUGAUAUUCUUUAUCAAAAUACUACGUGUAAGGCUAUGGAACAUGGCAAACUAAUGGAACCGUUAGCCAAAAUUAGUUUUGAAAACUUAACCAACCAUAAAAUAGAAAACUGUGGUUUAUUUGUAGAUGAAGAUAUUCCUUAUCUUGCAGCUAC